GGUGGGGGUGAAUGUGGGAUGAUAGAAAAAGCUGGAGACAACACCUAUAAAAUCUGCUUCAUGCAAAAAGAAGACCAGGAAAGGGUUUUGAACAGGAAGUUUCACACCAUCUUACUGCCACGAGGGGAGCUGUCUUUGACAGUAACUCGCACCAACGUGCCUCAAAAUCCCCAGCUCACAGAUCAACAAUCCACCAGUCAACAACAGACGUUUACAAAAGUCAACACUAAAGAGCUUGAGAAGGUCUACCCCCUGGAAACUUACCUUUUAUAUUAUUUGAGAGACAGUCCUAAGGUGUUCAAAGUCUUACAGAAGCAACUUUCUGCUAUUGGCUGCACAAUCCAGCUGAAUCCAGAGGAGGAAGAGGCUGUGGUUAGUGGGAGUGCUGAAAAGGGGCCAAGUGGGGCUUCUGAUGCUGCAGCAACAUGGGAGUUACAGGUGGAUUGCACUGUUGUUGGUUUCAUUGAGAACUACCUCUGCUAUCAUGUGUUUGAGCCAGAAAAAGCAAAAAUCCUACUGCAAGAUUUUUCCUCAAUGACGGAGGAUAUCAGGGUAUACAAAGAUGAAGGCUAUGUGGUCGUCGUGGGAGAGGUUCAGGUCGUGAGGGAGAAGAUGGACAUCCUGGAGAAGAACCUGCCAAUCAAGAAGGAGUGCUUGGCUCCACAGAAGCAGUUCAACUUGAUAGAGGAAGAGUUCAGUCAUGAGAUUACUGCAUGUUGCCCAAACAUUAAAAUCCUCUGGGGUGGUAGUACAAUUGAUAACUACCAGCAUCCUUUGUUUUUUGAGGCAAAAGACCUCACAGACCAAGAGAAAGAGAAGCUGAGAAGACACUUUCAGAAAAAAAGAGAUUCAGGUGGGGGUGAAUGUGGGAUGAUAGAAAAAGUUGGAGACAACACCUAUAAAAUCGGCUUCAUGCACAAAGAAGACCAGGAAAGGGUUUUGAACAGGAAGUUUCACACCGUCUCACUGCCACGAGGGGAGCUGUGUUUGACAGUAACUCGCACCAACGUGCCUGAUAAUCCCCAGCUCACAGAUCAACAAUCCACCAGUCAACAACAGACGUUUACAAAAGUCAACACUAAAGAGCUUGAGAAGGUCUACCCCCUGGAAAUUUACCUUUUAUAUUAUUUGAGAGACAGUCCUAAGGUGUUCAGAGUCUUACAGAAGCAACUUUCUGCUAUUGGCUGCACAAUCCAGCUGAAUCCAGAGGAGGAAGAGGCUGUGGUUAGUGGGAGUGCUGAAAAGGGACCAAGUGGGGCUUCUGAUGCUGCAGCAACAUGGGAGUUACAGGUGGAUAGCACUGUCGUUGGUUUCAUUGAGAACUACCUCUGCUAUCAUGUGUUUGAGCCGGAAAAAGCGAAAAUCUUACUGCAAGAUUUUUCCUCCAUGACGGAGGAUAUCAGGGUGUACAAAGAUGAAGGCUAUGUGGUCGUCGUGGGAGAGGUUCAGGUCGUGAGGGAGAAGAUGGCAAUCCUGGAGAAGAACCUGCCGAUCAAGAAGGAGUGCUCGGCUCCAGAGAAGCAGUUCAACUUGGUAGAGGAAGAGUUCAGUCGUGAGAUUACUGCAUGUUACCCAAACAUUAAAAUCCUCCGGGGUAAGCCAAACACAAUCAUCUUAGAAGGCCCUGAAAAAGAGGUGCAGUUAUUUUCUACAAAGCUUGAUGAGCUGAUCAAAAGAGUAAAGGAAAAGAGAGUUCCACUCCCUACAGUCCUGCUGAACUUCAUAACAUCCAGUGGUGUUAUCUCAAAAUACAAGGCCCACUUCAAGCAGAGCCUUUGCAGCCCAGUUGCACUAGAGACGGGUUCAGACCUGGUUCUAUCCAGCUUGUCCUCUGAUGCCCUGGAAGAGGCUGCAGCUGCAGUGCAGAGAGAUCUGUGUAUGGACACCAUACAGCUGGAGGGCACGCUGGCUGUAGCUCCAGAUCUUGACAGGGUGAAGGAGGUCCUAACCAAAGCCAAGAAUGAGGCAAACUGUGCAGGCCUCAGGGUGGAGGUCAACUUUAACCCGGCAGCAAGUGCAACCCCAAAAAUCCAAGUCCAGCUGGUGGGCUAUAGUGCAGAUGUUGGAAAGCUGAAAGCAGUUCUGACUGACUACCAGCUCAACCAGGCUGAGGUACAACAACAGCUAAACCUCCAGCUGCCUGAAAUAGUGGACAAUUUUGAUGAAAUCUUGGCCUUGAUUGGCAUGAAACGUCCCACUGUGAAUCUAACAGCCUCCCACUCUCCAAAUCCAUGUGUGUUCCUGUCUGGCCCCCGCUCUCGUGUCCAGGAGACUCAUCAGGCCCUGCAAGCGGCUCUGGGAACCCUGGUCUGGGACAACCUGGUUCUGGAUGGGCCAGGGGCUCAGCAGUACUUCCAGAAAGAGGGGAAGAGGAGCAUGGAACUUGUAGAGAGCUCCUGUCAAGUGCUGAUCAGGGAACAAGUUGGUAGCAUGAGCUCUCAAAACAUAGCAACAGCCCCAAACUUGAACACAAGACAGCGAAACAGCAGUAUCCCCAGCCAAAGCAACACUGCUAGUGCUUCCACCAGCAGAUGGCGCUGCAACACCACCAGCAGCACUGGAGCAAACGUGCCAGGCAACAAAAUUAUCCUGGAAAUCAAGAUUGGCGAUUUGGGAGAUGUGCAGGUGGAUGUCUUGGUGGUCCCCAUAAUCAAAGCACAACUGAAAUCAACUAACAUUGGUAUAAGUCUACUGAAUAAAGCAGGGAACACACUGAAGUCAACCUUUGACGUUAUGAUGGGAGGACGAAACUUCACCCCUGGUGACGUGCUCCAGGUUGACGGACCUCGGUCCCUGAGCUGCUCUAAGAUCUUCUUCGUUGAGUGUCUGCCAUGGGAUGGAUCUAGAGCACAGAGUGCAAAGACACUCAGUACUGGGCUGCGGAAGUGUCUAGACCUCUGUGGACAGCAAGGCUGGGUUUCAGUGGCUUUGCCCAUCAUUGGGCCUGGGCUGGCACUGAACUACCCACUGAGAGAAGCUGUUGAGGUUCUGACUCACACCAUUGGUCGGUUUGGAUGUUCUGGCUCCACUGGUUCUCUCUCCACCAUCCACAUUGUCAUAAAACCAGGGUACCCUGACUCUGAAGACUGCUACCAUGACGUGUAUAGUCAACUCAGCAUAGUCAUGAGUCAAGGAGGCCAAGUCCUUGAGCAGCGACCUUGA